AAUAUCCUCACUAAUCAUAUAAAAAACACAAAAUUAUAUCAUCUAAUUACACGGUUUAGAAGCUAUUCCUGAUGCGUGAUUUCGUUCCCCGUAUCGUUAUAUUGUUUUGUAGUUCUAUAUACAUAAUAAAUAUAUACUGUAUACCUAAAUUAAAAGUAUUUCAUUAACGCAUAGUAACAAAUAUUGCUUAGGGGUCGGCGUAUCUGAAAAAACAGAAAAAAUGUUUGACAAUAGUCGCUAUUCUUGGUACGUGAUUUCCUCCCCAGUACCGUCAUAUUCUUGUGUAGUUCUAUAUAAAUAAUAAAUAUACACUGUAUACCUAGUUUAAUGCAUAUUAACAUAAUGUUAUAUGGUGGCCGAGCUAUAUGAAAAAAAAACUAAAAAAAACCUGUCGAGAAUAGCCCGAAACAUUACGUCGAAAGCUUUGGAUAUUUGAACAAUUCCACGCGUCACUGACU